AUGAAAAUCUCCGCAGUCAUUCUCAGUAUUGCAUCACUUGCCUCCGGUCAUGCCAUCUUCCAGAAGGUUUCCGUCAAUGGCGUGGAUCAAGGGUCGUUGAAGGGCGUCCGCGCAACUUCAAGCAACAACCCGAUCCAGAACGUUAAUGAUGGCGGGUUCGCUUGCAACAACAACAUCCAGUACAAAGACAACAAUGUCAUCUCCGUUCCAGCUGGUGCUCGAGUUGGCGCCUGGUGGGGACAUGUCAUCGGGGGAGCCCAAGGGCCUAACGACCCAGACCAUCCGAUUGCUGCGAGCCACAAGGGCCCUAUCAUUGUGUACCUCGCCAAAGUCGACAGUGCAGCAAACUCCGGUACAUCUGGUCUCAAGUGGUUCAAGGUUGCUGAAGCUGGUCUUAGUGGAAGCACUUGGGCCGUUGACACAAUGAUCUCAAAUGGUGGCUGGCACUACUUUGAUCUUCCUUCAUGCGUCGCACCAGGUGAAUAUCUCAUGCGAGUCGAGAUCAUUGCUCUCCACGGCGCGUCCUCGCAGGGAGGUGCUCAGUUCUAUAUGGGCUGCGCUCAGAUCCGUGUCACUGGCUCCGGUAGCAACACCGGCUCAAGCUUCGCCAGUUUCCCCGGCGCUUACUCUGCAUCUCAUCCUGGCGUUCUCAUCAGCAUCUACGAUAACACGGGCAAGCCUACCAACGGUGGAAAGGCAUACUCUAUCCCCGGACCGGCGGUAAUAACCUGCUCUGGAGGCGGCAGCCCCUCUCCUCCACCCACAUCAAGCCCUCCACCAUCUAGUGGCGGUGGGUCAGGUGCUCCCUUAUAUGGCCAGUGUGGUGGGCAAGGCUGGACUGGUCCAACGACUUGCGCCCAGGGAACUUGCAAAGCGUCCGGGCAAUUCUACAGCCAGUGUUUACCAUGA